CAUUUGAGACACAGUGAGACACCACUCCAACCAACGAUAAGAAUGGCUUAUUUGAAAGUAUUUGCUUUCCUGGCUGCACUGAUCAUUCUCUCUGAUGCGGCUCCAUCUGCACGUGAUACUAACACAGCUUCCGAACUGAACCCCCUGGUGGUGCACGCCGUGAACUCCGGAACACAAACUCCAGCAGCUAAUCUACAAGUAACACUUUUUAGACAGAACGACGAUGGAAGUUUUAAACUGAUUUCCUCAAGACCAACAGCUGCAGAUGGAGAAAUCUCUGAUUUUGUUACUGAAGAAGACUUUGUCGGAGGUGUAUACAAGCUGCAGUUUGCAACAAGUGCUUUCUGGGCCAAUUCAGGCUUUUCCUCAUUUUAUGAAAAUGUUGAUGUGGUGUUUUCCGUUGAAGCUGAAAACCAUGACCACUAUGACAUCGAUGUCUUCAUCUCUCCUUCCUCCUUCUCAAGCACAGCUACUGUCACCGACCCACAUAUUUUAAGAAACUAGGAACAUUCUCCAUUUGAAUUACAUUAUGUGGACAUACAGCCGUUCAACAUCAAAAUUCAGUAACAUCUAUUUUCUUUUUUGCUUAACAGUUUCUUUUUUGCUGUCUAUAUAUUGUUUGUUAAUAGAAAUCUUAAAUAAAUGUGUUCUACAUUAAUAAUCACAAAUUGCUACUUUGUAUGCUUUAAAGGGUUUUAAGAAAUUUGAAGUAUGUUUGAGUAUAAAUAAACAGAAGCAUUU